UAAUGGCGAUGUAAUUGCAGCAGACAAAAAACAACGAUGAAACGUUUGCUUUCUCUGCCGUGGCGUUCACUGUACGCGGGAAUUUUGAGAUCGCAGUGUUUACUCUGCAGAGAUGCAGGAAGAGUUGUUUACGCGCGAAAUCUGAUAUUUAUAGUCAUGUGAAAGCAUAUGUGAAAAUGCUGCAGGAGAAUAUCUGCUUCUGGACGAAUUAUACAUUUGAGCCGUAAUAGCAGUGGCUAUCUUUAUAUGCAGCUGUCACAGUGAUGUGAGAAGUUUUUAAGUUUUGAUACCCGUAGAGCUGCUUUGUGAUAUUGGAUUCUCCGAAGAAAAAUCGUUUUAGUCAUUUUAUUCACUUACGGUCCACGAUGAUUAAGUGUAAAUCCAGCAAAUCUUCCAUGGUCAAUGGAGUUCAGUCAAGCAUUUCUGCCUUUUUUGUCUCAAAGGUUUCACCAAAGUCACCUAAAAAAAUUGCAGCUGGAAUUACAAGAGUCCCCGUUUCAUUGAAGACUGGUUUUGUGCAGGAUAAAAGUGUCCCCUGCUCUCCAACCCCUUCUGCUGUCCCAGAGACACCUGACAAUCUGAGGAGCGAGAACCCUUCAGACACUUCAUAUGACAACCGCUCACCUGUCUCCCGUGGCCUACUUACUAAAGGUGUCAGGGGUAAACCUAGCCUGAUGGCACGUAAGCUGAUGCAGCCACAGAAAAACAGCAGUCUAGAGCCAGAAGACACUUUUGAGCUUAAGAAUGGCGCAAGGCACUCUGGCUCUGUGAAGAGGUUGUUGCACAGCUCAGAGAACAUCCAGAGUGCAAAGCGGUGCAGGACCAUGCAAGUUCAGAAACUUCCCGAUUGUGACACAAGCUCACCAAGGGCCGAUCAAAAGGAGUCUUCAGGAACAUUACAGAGAGCAUUCUCAAAGAGUCCUGAGAAAAAAAACAAAGCUGAGUCUGUCGGUUUUGAGAGUAGCCGAUUGGCAACUGGGCCUUGCGUGAAAAUGAAUGGAAAAACAAAUGGUUUCUCAAAGGUCUCAAAAAAAUCCUUUCAUCAUCUGAGCUUUAGUACCAGUGAGAAAGAGAAUUCACUUGCUCUAAACAUGAAGCCAGAGAUAGACAUGAGUACGGUUUCUGGAACAAAUGACUUUGAUCUUGUGAUGUCAUAUAGUUUGUGGAUACAAAAUGGAUCUACUGAAGAAAAAGAGACUUUUCUCAACUGUCCAUUUACUAAGAAGAGACCCUUGAGUACUGCUGAUCUGCAAGUGAAAGACAAAAUUGCUGAUGGAAAGACUUUGCCAGCCCCAUUUGAAGAUGAUUUUACUGAUCUGAUAGACGAUUGGUUUGAUGAUGGCAUGGAGCAAAAAUCUGAGGUGCCAAAACCCAAGAAGUUCAGUCAUGAAAAAAACAAAGGCAUACCAGAGCAUGUUAUACUGGCCUCUGGUGUUCAUAACCGAUACUGGGUACUGGAUGUACAGGACGUCACCUCAUCACAAAGUUGCACAGAGAAGCACUUAACCAUCACCUGCUCCAAGACGACACAGUCCAGAGAGGCCUGUAUUCUCAAAGAUGGCUGGGAGAGUACUCCUGUUGCUGUGGGGGACGUCGUUCACUUGGAAGGGAGGUGUGUUUCUGGCUUGUGGACGAUUGAUAGAGACUCUGGUUUCCUGGUUCUGCUGCCUGACCUGCUGAUAUCGGGGACCAGCAUUGCCAGCAGUAUUCGCUGCAUGAGGCGAGGGGUGCUGGGAGAGAUGUUUAAGGCAUUUGAUGGUGGAUCUAAGCAGAUGUUAAAUGGUACCAUAGUUCAUGAUAUCUUCCAAAAAGCAGCCAUGUCCUCAGAUUUCUCACCAGAGAGGAUACAGACGUUUGCUGCAGAGGCCCUAAGAAGCCCCAACUACCUCGGACAAAUGUAUAGUCUAAAGCUGACCCAGGCUGACAUGAGACAGGAAGUAGAAGAAUAUCUUCCCUCUUUAUCUGAGUGGGCAAAACACUAUGUCCAUACUUCACCACAGGCUGGACAGAAGCAGCUCACUCUCAAACUCCCUAGCGACGGGGCUCUGAGCAAGCAAGAUGCCACCUGUAGCAUGACAGUCACAGAUUUUGUGGACAUUGAAGAGAACAUCUGGUGUCCACGUUUUGGACUGAAGGGGAAGAUUGAUGUCACAGCUGGAGUUAGGAUUCAUCGGAGAGGCAGAAGGCCCACAGAGAGGAUUGUGCCACUGGAGCUGAAAACUGGCAAGGAGUCCAACUCCAUUGAGCAUCGCAGUCAGGUUAUUCUGUACACGUUGAUGAGCUCAGCUAGACGUUGUGAUCCAGAGGCUGGUUUCCUUGUCUACUUGAAGACUGGCAGUCUACAUCCUGUUGUGGGUAACCACAUGGACAGGAGAGAGCUGGUUAAAAUAAGAAACUCAUUGGCCCAUCACAUCGGAAACAGCUUGGUCAAGGUGGAUGGAAGAAGUCAGAUGGCCCCAUUGCCUGCCAUUGAAUCUGACAAGCAAGCUUGCAAGUACUGUCCUCAGAAAAGGAACUGUGCAGUUUACAACAGAGCUGUAGAGAGAGAUCCCGUGGAGAACUGUAGUGAAAAUCCACAGGCCUUUGUGCAGUCGGAGAGCGAGCACCUCAGCCACGUGCACCUGCAGUACUUCAGCGACUGGCUGCUACUCUGCACGCUGGAGGCUCUCACCAUGGAGAACAAAGGAGGUCGGCGCAAUAUCUGGCUUCAGACUGCCCAGCAGAGGGAGAAAAGUGGUGGCUGCGUGGGUAACAUGCAGUUAGAUAGAGACGUCAGCGUCCUAUCUGAUGGUGUAUAUAAGCACAGCUUUGUGAGGAAGGAGGGCAAUCAGACUCUCACUGGGCUGAUAGUGGGCGACAGGAUUGUGGUCAGUGAUCAGGACUCGGUGCUCAUAGGCCUUGCCACAGGAUAUGUCACGGAAAUAACUAUCAGUGGACUGACUUGCUCUUUGGACAAAAACCUUUCCAAGUUUUCCUCAAACACAGUUUUCCGACUGGACCAGGAUGAAGGUGCUGGGGGUCUUAGCAAUCAUCUAGGAAACCUGUCUAUGUUAAUGGAAAACACUCCAACCAGGUCUGAUCAUCCUUUUUUUUUUUUUCUUUUUUUUGUGCUUUUGUAUUUACAGUUUUUCUCAAUUGCUUUGGCACAUUUUUCAAAGGACACUGUGGCCAACAUUCUGAAAGGACUCAACAAACCUCAGAAACAAGCCAUGAAAAAAGUGUUGCUAUCCAAAGAUUACACGCUUAUUGUGGGAAUGCCAGGUACUGGGAAAACUACCACCAUUUGUACACUGGUGCGCAUACUCCAUGCUUGUGGCUUCAGUGUACUUCUGACUAGCUACACCCACUCUGCUGUGGACAACAUUCUCUUGAAACUGAAUAGGUUUAAGAUCGGCUUCCUGCGACUGGGUCGUGCUCAAAAAGUGCACCAUGAUAUCCUGCCCUUCACAGAGGAGUCAUGUCGGGCCAAAGGGAUCCAAACACUAGAAGAGCUGGAACAACUGUACAACAAAGAACUGAUUGUGGCCACCACCUGUAUGGGUGUAAAGCACCCAAUAUUCAGCCGUAGACGCUUUGACUUCUGCAUCGUGGAUGAGGCAUCUCAGAUCAGUCAACCCGUAUGUUUGGGUCCGUUGUUCUAUGCCCAGCGCUUUGUCCUGGUGGGAGACCACCAACAGCUUCCUCCUAUUGUGCAGAAUGCUGAAGCCAGAACCUUGGGCAUGGAUGAGAGUUUGUUCAAACGUCUGGAGCACCACAGUGAUGCAGUUGUUCAGCUGAAUGUGCAGUACCGAAUGAACAGUGCGAUCAUGUCCCUGAGCAAUGCUCUGAUGUAUGAGGGCCAACUGGAGUGUGGCUCUGAGAGGACGGCAAAUGCAGUGCUGCAGCUGCCCAGUAGAGCUCAAGUCGAGAAGGAGCUGGACCUGUAUGUGUGUCAGCCACAGUACAGUGCUUGGGUCCAGGCUGCGCUGGAGCCCAAUAGUCCUGUCUGUUUCCUGGACACCUCUGAGGUUCCCGCCCCUGAGACGGUGGAAAAAAGUGGCAUCAGUAACCACACGGAAGCUAUAUUGGUACAAGCCCUUGUCACUUUGCUGCUCAAGGCUGGAUGUAGAGCAUCUGAUAUUGGGGUCAUUGCUCCAUAUCGACAACAGCUAAAAGCCAUCUCCAGUCUGCUGCAGGGAGACGCCUUUAAAGCUCUGGAGGUCAACACUGUGGACAAAUACCAAGGACGUGACAAGAGCAUCAUCAUUGUGUCCUUUGUUCGAAGCAACCCUGAGGACAACCUGGGAGAGUUGCUUCAAGACUGGCGUAGGCUGAAUGUGGCCAUCACUAGAGCCAAACACAAGCUCCUAAUGCUUGGCUCGGCGCCCACCCUUCGCCGGUAUGCACCACUAGAGAAACUUCUCUGCCACCUUCAACAGGAAGAUAUGAUCUUCCAGCUGCCUGCUGCUGCCCAUGAGGCACUACCUGGGGUCCACUUGUGAUGAAAACAAAAACCUCUUCUGAUUCAUAGUGUACGUCACAAAGAUAAUGCUGUGAAACAGUUACUUGAAAAAAAUGUAAGUGAAAUGGAAUACAUAAGCUUCAGACUAACUGUAGACAUCUUUUUUGCUUUAAUGAUGGACGUGAAGUUUAAUAAUAAAUCAGUGCUGACAGGCCCUAGUACAUAAUUUACACUCGAGUUUUUUUACUCAAUUCUCACUACCUCAUGUUGCAUAUUUUUAAAAUUCAUUACAGUUUUAUCCAUGCAAGUGUUGUGUAUGUGCGUUUU